GAUGAAAAGUGCAUCAAAUAGAGAUUGUGUUGAUAUGUACUUGGACUAUUAAUUAUGUGUUUGAUUCAGAAAUGCACAAAGCACCAUUUGUGUGCAACUUCAGUAAAGUUCACGUGGAAAAGCUGAAUCAUCCAAGCCAUCUGAAUGAUGUGCACUCUUUGGUGGUUGUUUUCUUCAGCAGGCAGCUGGUGAUCUCUCUUCCUGUAUUUGGGGUGGGGGGGAAGAAAAGGAAGAUGGGAAGGAGCCUCCAUGGGAGGGGAAGCCUCUUGGUUCAUAUGUGCAAACUUUAUGAUUUUCCUGAGAGAUCUCUAGAUUUGUGUGUUCCCACUAAGCUUUGAAACCAUUCAUGGAAGCUGAUGGCAAUGCUCUUGUUCCCUUGCGUCAGAAGGCAAAAAAGAAAAGUCAAGGGUUCUUUAUAAUGAGCCGACGGAGGAUAUCGUGUAAAGAGCUGGGGCAAGCUGAUUGCCAAGGAUGGCUCUACAAAAAGAAAGAAAAAGGAGCUUUCAUUGGCAACAAAUGGAAAAAGUUCUGGUGUGUGCUCAAGGAGUCAUCGCUGUAUUGGUACAGCAGUCAGCUGUCUGAAAAAGCAGAAGGAUUUAUCAGACUUCCAGACUUCAGUGUGGACCAAGCAAUUGAAUGCAAAAAAAAGCAUGCUAUUAAGAUCAGCCACCCACAGAUCAAGACAUUUUAUUUUGCCGCAGAAAAUGUUCUGGAAAUGAACACGUGGCUAAGUAAGCUGGGAAUGGCUGUAGACCCUCAGGCACCCAAUGGGAAGAAUGAGGAAGAAUGCUAUAGUGAAAGUGAACAUGAUGAUCCAGAAAUAACAGACACACCACCUCCUCCCUACACAGUCCAGCCACCACCUCCUUCUUCGCAGGAUCCACAGAAGUCUUCUUUCACCUCAACUCUGUCAAGUGAAGCAUCUUGUUCUCUCUCCUCUCCUGAAAGUACUUUCAACUCCCAAGAGUCAUCAUCUUCCUUGACAUCCAAAGUGGUUUAUUCCGAGAGGCAGUCCUGGCUUGACCUAGUUAACAGCUCUGCCAUGGAAGAGGGUGAUCAGCCUUUAACUUUCUGCGUACAGAUUCACUCUGAUGAGCCACCAGAAGUAGACUGUGGAGAUGCAGCAGACAGCCAGGAGGUCCAGCUUUCCAAACCCAGUGGUGGAUCCCAAAACUCUUUUUUAGGUCCAGAUACAAAUUGUCUAGCUGUGCCAGACGCAACAGGACAGAGAUCACUAGCCAAAGAUCAGGAAAAAUGUGAUGAUGAUGAGAUGGAGCGACUUUACAAGUCAUUAGAACAAGCAAGUCUGUCUCCCAUUGGUGAUCGUCGGCUGUCAACAAAGAAGGAGCUCAGGAAGUCAUUUAUAAAACGCAGCAAAAACCCCUCCAUUAAUGAGAAACUCCACAAAAUUCGAAUGCUGAACAGCACAUUAAAGUGUAAGGAACAUGACCUCGCCACAAUUAACCAGUUGCUAGAGGACCCAAAGUUGACGGCAGUGAAGUACAGAGAGUGGAGGAACACAAACAUCAUGCUGGUCCAAGAUAUUUAUCAGCAGCAGGAGGUCCAGGACGUGUCCACAGAGAAUAGCGAGGAGCAAGAGAUGACUUCACAGCCUAUUGCUGAAAGUGCUAUCUGAGGCCAUGGUUCAACAGUUCAUGUCAAAAUACUUCCCCACGGGUCUUCACGUUUUCCUGGGUUUGAUUGUUUUUAUCUCACCCCUCUUUACAUUCCUUUCCAACUCUACUCCCCAUCCCCCUGGGUGAGGGGGGAGUGAGCGAGCGGCUGCGUGGUACUUAAUUACCAGCUGGGGUUAAACCAUGACAGACAUAUAGGCACUUUAAACUACUGCAUUUUGGGGUUUAUUUUUUCCAAGUGUUUUUGAAAGGAAAAUAACCCCUUCUCCAAAGCUUUAAUUGCUCUUGCAAAAUGCAUUUCAUGUCAAGAGGGCAAAUCCCCCCAGCUUAAAAAAGCAUGCCUGAACCUGGGCUGCAUACCUAAGAAGACUACUUUAUGAAGCAGCGAAGAAAUGUUUUUCCAUCUUUGGAGAAAUAAAUUAAAUGUCCAGUUCCUGGAAAUCACAGACCUGUGUAAUAUGUCCUGUACAAAUGUGAGAUCCUUGGGGUUUUUUUAACCACGUAACUUACCGUUAAAGGAAACUAUAACUAUGCCAGCAGGAUGUAGUCUACUCUCUACCUUUUUACGCUGUAAGGUAACCUAAUGUAGGCAUUUUCAUCUCUACAUUUGUUCAUUUUCACCACUCUACCAGUUUAAACUGAGACAAAUGGAACAGCAGUUAUGCAUGAGUUUAUACUACGGACAUCUGUCAGGACCCAGUUUGUGCUCUGCCUGCAUUUUAGGAGUUUCAAAUUUAUUUAUGGACCAAACCAAAGUACUGUCUUUCUACAUGAAGAAGAGAAGGUCUCUCAAUGUUUGCUAACAUGUAAUUCACUCUUCGGGGAGGCAGCUAAUGCUUCAACAAGUUUCAACUUUUCUUAUAAACUUGGCAGAACUCCUUGGACGAUUAUUUUCUUCUUUCUUAUUUUUGGAUAUUGUGAAUAUAUAAGGUACAAGUUCAUCCCAGAUUCCUACUUAGGAAGGUGAUCAAGUUCUACAAGGCAGAAGCUAAAUAACUGAAUUCCUGAUGUGGACCUGAAUGUGCAAAAUAUAGCUGCAAAUAUUUUUUGUAAAUAUAUGUCAUGUUAUGGCUUAUAUGAAUGUGACUAUGUAUUGUAUAUAUGUUUUAUUUAUAUAUUUAUAUAUGCUGAAUUUCUUAAUGUAGAUAGGCACACAUGGACCAGGCCCACCCAGAUGAGAGUGCUUACAGGUUGACCUCAAAUGCCUAUUUGUUUUUCAUUCCAUUAUAAAUCACAGUAGUGUCUGGAAAUUUGAGAUUACCCUGAGACAUGUGCUGUGACUUUUUGUUGUCUUUCUAGCUUUAAGUUUUGGAUUAAGAAAAUCUGUACAAUUUGGAGCAGGAAAUGAAGUUUUUGAGAAAGUUUCAGGAUUUCUCUUUGCGCAAACAAAACCAAGCAAGUUAAGAGGUUUUGCUGCAGGAUCCUAACUUUUUGGCUUCAUUGCCUUCAGUACAAGGUUUGGGAUUUUUGCCUUCUCAUCUUCUGCAUGUGUACAAGUAUGAAGAACUUUGCAGAGUGAUGAAUUUUGAAAAGCAAGAAUUAGCCCACCGUUCUCAAACUAAUGCCACUAUAGGAACUGUUGCAAUCUGUACUUCUGUUGGCUAUUUCCUAAAGAUAUUCUUUGUCAUUAGAUUUCAACACAGUUUAUCUUUUGAAGCCAAAUAUGCUAUACAGAUACAGCCAUAGUCAUCCAUCUUUAUACAUUAUAUGUUUUAUCAUAGCUUGACUAAGAAACAAAAGUUAAUAGUGUUAGUAGGAACACGUAAAAACUUUUCCACCUGCGUAGCGAUGUCUGACUGUUCAUACUGCAUCUUUAAUACUCAGCAGCUUUCCUUUUAUAAUAGAGACAUGGACUUACAUGCCAAGGCAGCCAAAAAUGGCAGUUAAGGCUGUGUUGAGUGUGAGAACUGAGGAGCAGAUACCAAGCUAUAAAAAAGGAGAAACAGAAGGAAGAAUGUAAGCCUCUGAUGCAGUCUUUAAGGGAAGAAAGUCAAGGAAAAUGGGGGCUAGCUGAAUGCUGAAGCAGGGUUAUGCUUGGGAUAGCAUCACUGCCUCAGGUAUAAAAGAGCUGAGGAAUGUGAGGGUAAGGACUGAUCUUGGGUCAGGACUUAAAAUUAGGGCUAGUCUGCCAGCGGGGAACAAAUGUUAGCUGAGACCUGGAAGUGGGUGACUUCGCUAAUUCUAACUAGAAGCUGAUGGAAAUUAAGCAAGCUCAAGAACUGGUGUGAUUUCAUUUAGAGAAAUUGUGUCUUAAAAAUUGAGCCCGUUUUAAGGUGUGGGUUUGUUGUUUGUUGUUUGUUUUUUUUUUUUAAAAUCUUUCACCAUUCCCAGAAGACCCCCUGGACAGUGGACAACUGUGAGUGUCCUGCUCCUAACUGAAAUUCUUCGAAGCAGAUGUAUAGGUGGGAGAGGGGUAGUCCCUGAUUCUGACAUGAUAUCAAUUAACUGCCGAGAGCACACUGAAAAUUAAGAGUGUAGGGAUUAAUCUACCUGGUCUAUCUCAAUUUAAAGAACUGGCAUGAAAUAACUGAUAAAUAAUGGAGCUCAAAUUGCACGUACGUUUUCUCAUGAGUUUCUCAUGAAACAAAGCAUCUAAACACCAUUUUUCUUCAAAAGCAUCUUCACUUAGAUCUUAAAAACAAGCACAUACUUCAGUGGCCUGUCAAACUGAGCCAGACAAGUCAGUGCCUUGCAGUUCUGAGCAAAGUCCUAGUCAAGUUUGUUUGCUGAUGUAGAUUUGCACUAUAUAAAGGAAGGCACUAUGUGGCCUGCACAGGUUGGGUUGGCUGUUUUCACACUGUGCUUAUACAAGAAUAUACAAAACAGGUUUCCCAAAUAUAGGGACAGACAAAUGUCCUCAGAGUGCCCAAGCUGUACUAUUGGUUUUGACAGAUUGUAUAGCCUAAAAUAGCUUUUAAAAGACUCUCAGGUGGUCAGCAGAUACUUUCUAUUGAACUAUUGAGGUUUUGGGAACCUGCUGAGGAUGGGCUGUAUCACCCUCUUAGAAAAGAACAGAAAAUUCUUGAAUAGGGUUACUGUAAUGCCGUUGUUAUGACACAUUUCUGGCUGUUCAAGAAAACAAAUGUAUGGGUUUUAUGCAAGCGCAGUGCUGGGAUUCUAUCUCCAUUCUCUUUCAGCUACUAUUUAGACACAAAACAAAUGGAAAGUGUGGGAAAUGGGAAGUGAAAACUGCAGUACAACAGGAUUCAUCUUCCAGCAUUGCUAAUUAAUGUGACAGUUUUCACCUUGUGCUGGGUUCACACAAGGGGCUGUGCAGCAGCGUGGAAGCACAGUUGGAGCAAGAAGUGUGCACGAGCUGGCAGCUACAAGUAGUGGAUGCAGCGAGGAGCCACCUUGGCAGGAAAAACUUGGACAACUCUGCGCUCCACUCAGUGAUAUUGGGGUAAACGGUAUCUGUUGGUCUGAAUUUGGAAGGCCUGCACUACUGACUUAUAACAUAGGGAAACUGUGCAUCCCUAGUGAAUGUCUAAAAGUCGCUAACCAUCUGCCUCAUGGGACCUGUUUUAUGUAAUUAUUCAGGAGAAGGUGUGUAUUUAUGGACGUGUGCACAUGCACAAUUACUCUUUCGUCAGUAAAGCCUUUGGUUAUUGGUGCAGAAAAGUCCAGCUAUCCAGAUUUUGGAGUAACUAAUGACAAUAUCUGAUUUCAGCUGUUUCUGCAGCCUGGCUUUGGUGGCUUUUCUGGAAAUUUAAUCUCUGUUUUGGUGGUGUAGCUGUCACCGGAAUGAGUUACCAGAAUGAGGUGGGAAUGCAUUUCCUUUCCUAAGAUGGAAGAGGAUUCAUGCGAGGACUGUGAGUUGUUUCCACAUCUAGUUCUGAUGAUUCAUUCAAUAUUGGGUUUCACGUGAAACAGGAAUAAACAGGAAUAAAUAAUGUGCUACAACCUUC